AUGUCUGAGCUCCCGUCUGCACUCGAUGGUUGGGAGAAAUGGAACGGCCAGUACCCCCAGCAAUGGCCUGGGCUAGCCGCGGCCACAAGAGUGAUAAACAAAGUGGAAGCAAAGUUAACUGAUCACUUUGACAACGCAGAGAGAGCGAAUAAUGUCAUGUUUGAAGUCAAAGACAAGGCGAAACCCGAUGUUCAACCAUUUGCCAAGAAAUCAGCCGGCAGACUGAGCGAAAUACUGAAUGAUAAUGAUGCCGCCCCAGAAGAUAGAGACAGGGCUUCCAAACUAUUGGAGGAACUAAGUCCGAAGAUGGAUGUGAAAUUGCGGGAAGCUUGGAUCAAGAGAUUGGCCAUUCAGUACCCCGGGCCUACAGAAGCGGCUAAAGCAGAGAUUCAACAAGAGGAUGAGGGACGACUCGUACCCAGACGAUACUAUGUCUGUGAAUACUUGUGUAAGCUGAUCAGCACUCCGGAUAAUACCAAGACAGAAGACUGGUUCGAAACAGAGCCGUUGUCCGCAUGGGCCAUUGCCAACAUUGUGUCUCUGCAACUUGUCACCUAUUCUAAAGGUGGGAUCCACAAUCCUGAUCACGAGAAGGGUUCAUGGUCUUGGUUUGAGAUUUCAAUUCGUGGUGAGAAUGACAUAGGAACUCCCAAGAAACUUCCCGGUGGCCAGUCAUUGGCAUGGUUCAGCCAUGCUAAUACCUACAAUGAUAAUACAAUCCAAUCGCAUCGGGGUCGAGUCUUUACAAAGGAAGAUAAAGUAUUCGAACAUUUGAAGCCCAAGGACAGAAUAUCAGUUAGUGUCGCAGCUUGUCUCGGCUACAAAAACAUUGCAAAGCGUGCCUACCUCCUUCUUGGGUUUGAGAAAAAAGAUGUUGAACUACAUCAGAAACUUAGAUUUCCUCCCACCGAGAAUGCUGCAGAAGAGGAUGACCCUCUACCACCCAGCAUCCUGGUCUGUGGUCAGGAGAGACGAGAUUGCUUCAUGCUCCCAGACGAUUCUCCUUCAUCCGCAACGAAGGUCACAAUGAUAGACGGUGGUGUCAGACUCAUGCGUCGGCUGUUAGAAGACAACAACUGGUCGGUCAUCAGCAGGCCUGAGGAGCCAGCAGUACGCCAGACCCAAGUCCCUCCUGGGUUCCAUUCUAUUUUACCAUUAGCCAAGGACAAGAAGGCCUUGGAUGAGGGUAAAAAGAAUCCUCCGCUCAAGGUUGGCAAACAAACGGUUGUCAGCGCAGGACCGGUCAUGGUGCACAAUUGGCAGAAUCCGCAAGCCCCAGAAGCACCCAGAAUUGUCGUCUGGGAUGAUUAUGGAGUCUCCGAGGCAAAUAUGGACGACUACAUCUAUAAUCUGGAGAACAAUAACCCCACAUCAAAGGUGCUUCUCUACCAGAUGCAUGUUCCUCUUUGUCAGGGAGUUCUCUGGGAGGACUUCCGGCCAUUCAAGAAGAGCAUCGCCGAAAGCAGACACCUCCCGAAAACCUUGGUCGUGAUUGACAUGGACGACCUUCGUGCUCAAGGAUUUAAUAUCUCUCGUGGCAUAUCGUGGGAGAAAACAAUGGAGGAUUUUCGAGGCAACGUCAGAGGAAUUCUAAAAGAGCUCAAGCUACCGUGGUACAUGCAUCUGAUUGUACACUGUGGCUACGAAGGUGUUAUCUAUGUGGCAGAAAGACCUCAACAAGAUGCAGCAGACCCGCCACCCAUCGAUUUUGUUACCUACAUGGUGCCAAAUAUGGCAGAGGGCCAGAUCCUUCGUCCCUACAAUGGAUCUAUUCCAGGCAUUGACAUUGCCUUUGUCACUGGUUUGGCUGCAUCACUGGUGAAGGAGUCCAAUAGCGCCCUAGACAAGUUGGAGCCUGUAACUGUAGGACAGGCCAUAGAGGUCGCCAUCGCCCGGUCCCAUCGAUUUGCAUUGUCCGGAUUCGUCCCAGAUGCUAACGGUGCCAUCGACUAUCCGAGGGCACAAGACGUCACCAAUGCUGAGCUCCCCAGACCUGGGAUCAUUCAUAUCAAUAGUGACUGGUUUAAGAACGACGAUGAUGGAAAAUGGUCUCUGUUCAGUCUUGCUGAGACUUGGAAGGAACACGUUGCUGCAGAGACGGUCAAGACAGGCACAAAGUUCAUCGAAGCAUUCGUACCCACUGCUCAGUAUGGUCCUCUGGUGACAGCAGACCGAUCUGAGAUUGAAGGCUUUCGAUCUGUUGAGGUUGUCAUUAAGCAAUACCUUGAUGGCGAUGUGCAAAAGCCAUUAUCAAUCGCAGUGUUUGGUCAGCCUGGCUCAGGUAAAUCCUUCGGUGUGAAGAAGGUCAUCGAUGCAGUGAUCAACGACAAGAAGCAAAAGCCAAUUGAAGCCAAUCUUUCUCAAUUUGUUGACUACAAAGACUUAUUGAGUAUCUUUGACAGCGUCAGGGAUAUGUCGUCAAAGAGUAAUCAUGUCCCCGUUGUGCUCUUUGACGAGUUUGACUCUCCAUUUGGCAGCAAAGCGUUGGGCUGGUUGAAGUACUUCCUGGCGCCCAUGCAGGAUAACCAGUACCUCCACAAGGGUACGAUGCGGUCAUUGGGGCGCGCCAUCUUUGUAUUCAUUGGAGGCACUUCUAGCUCGUUUGAGGAGUUCAGUCAAGUCGGAGGGGUUGUCCGCCCGGCUCAAGCGCCCGUUACAGGUGCCGCUGGAGGAAACAGCGAUGGUGACCACGAUGAGAUGGAACGUUAUGAGAAGCAGGCGAAGAAACCUGACUUCAUUAGUCGACUCAGCGCGCACGUCAACGUUGCAGGCCCCAACCCGCCCAAGCGAGAUAACCCAUUUGUCAAUGUCGAUGACGACAAGAUGGUUAUCAUGCGACGAGCUAUGCUACUUCGCAGUUUGCUUGAGACGCGCCUCGAUUUGAUGAAGAAAGCAAUCCAGGUCGAUGAGACGCUUCUCAUGGCUUUGUUGAAACAUGAAAGAUUCCCUCACGGCAGUCGAUCACUGGAGCUUAUCUUGCAAUCUAGCAGGGUGUCCAGUGGCCAGAAGCUUCAGCCUUCGGCUCUACCUCCGGACAGCCAGCUGGCAAUGCAUUUGAACCUUGUAGAAUACCAGGCGGCGAUGAGUGACAAGCUCCAUGAAACUGAGUUUCGCCCUUAUGACGUUAUCCUGUAUAACAAGCUGAGGUGGGCUGCCUGGGCGCGGGAUAAGCUACUGGGAGGUGAAGUAGCUGGCUAA